AUGAAACUUGUUAUCCAAAGAGUGAAGUCGGCAUCCGUGACAGUCGAUUCGGAGUUGGUUUCCUCUAUUGGCAAGGGCCUUCUUGUAUUUGCUGGCAUUGGCAAAGAGGAUACCGAGAAAGAUGCCGAGAACCUUGUGAACAAGGUGUUGAAGGCCAAGUUCUGGCCCGAUGAGAAUGGGACACAAUGGAAAAAGAACGUCAAGGAAAUUGAAGGAGAAGUACUAUGUGUCUCUCAAUUCACCCUCUAUGCGAAAAUGAAGAAAGGCAACAAACCCGACUUCCACGAUGCAGCCAGUCCUGAUACUGCACGCAAAAUUUAUGACUUCUUCUAUGACAAGAUGGGGGAAGGUUAUACCCCAGACCGGGUCAAGAAUGGUGUCUUCCAGGCCAUGAUGGAUGUUGAACUGAAGAACGACGGGCCGGUGGGUGUAGACUACUGCAGCGAGGACGCGGUGGUCACGAUCGAAAUCAGUACCAAUCUCCCCAAAAAGGAACCCAAGGAGCAGAAAAAUGGAGACAAAAGUGAUGAACAGGACAUUAAGGGAUCUUUUGAAUUCCAAAUUCCUCCUGAAUUGCUGCAGUGA